UCCGUCCUGCUGAGGUUAAGAGCUUUUGGCAUCAACCACAACGCGCUAUGAUGAGGAACCGGUCAAAACGAUCGAAUCGUUCAGCUACCACACACUCCCUGCCCGGAAAGCUAAUUUCGGGCGCUUGGCUAACCCUUCCUCGCUAGAGAAACAGUGCAGGAACGAACUGUUUGUUGACUCAUGUAUUUAGCAGUUUUUGUUACAAUAGCAGGAUUCUGUCCCAGGAAAACACAGCGAGUGAAGGUGAAUUUACCAUAAUACAGAUGGAGGGUGACAACUGCAGUUUUCCUCCGGAUUUGUCUGAUGAUCAUUCGCAAAGAGGAAGUGUGGCUUCUUCCGCAACGCUUUCCCGUGCUCAGGACGUGCUCGUGUAUUUGUUUGGCGAGAGUGCGGUCCAUUUAUCCGUGGAAGGGCUCGGCAGCGUCUCCGUGCAGGAGCUGGGCCGUAGCGUUCGUGAAGCCCUGCAGAUCCCAGAGUCCGCACCGGAUGCUUUCGCCUUUUGGCUCUGCUCUCCAUUGCUUGAGCUGCAGCUGAAGGUGAGGCAUCAGCCGUACAAGCUGUGCAGGCAGUGGCAGGAUCUGCUGUAUCGAUUCACUGACGCGUCAGAAGACGACAUUUCACAAGAUGAACCAUAUCUACAGUACAGGCGCAACGUGUUUUAUCCAAAAUCUAAAGAGCUGCAGAUUAAAGAUGAGGCGGUGUUGAGACUUCUCUACGAGGAGGCCAGGAGCAACAUCCUCUCUGGCCGAUACCCCUGCGACCCGGAGCACUGGGCGGGGCUUGGCGCCUUGUCCCUCGCUCUUGAAGAGGGGCCUGGUCUCGACAGCCAGCAGAUCACGACUAAAAUCAGGGAAAAGAAGCUGCCUUCCUUCGUGCCGGCUCACGUUGCCAUGGGGAGCGGAGGGUUUUUCUCCACUCUGCGGGGGAAAUCGAGCCGCCAGGCAGAGCUGGAGCAGAAGCUCUCAGAGGAGUACGGAAAGAUCAGCAAAUCCACUGGAAGCUCCCUAGAGCCUCAGCAGCUCCUGCACCAGUACCUCAGCAUGUGUCACACUCUGCCUUAUUACGGGUGCGCCUUUUUCUGCGGGGAGAUUGACAAACCAGUUCAAGGCAUCCUCCAACGGGGAAAACGUAAAGCUGUCAGUGUUGGGAUCUGCCUGGACGGAGUUUAUGUGAUGGAUGUGAAGGAGAAGCAUGUGCUGCUCGGGCUGCGUUUCAGCGAGCUUUCGUGGGACCACAGUCGCCCCGAGGAGGAGGGGGACUCGCACAUCUUGUGGCUGGAGUUUGACGGGGAGGAAGACGGCACUCCCGUCAACAAACUGCUGAAGAUUUACUCAAAACAAGCCGAGUUAAUGAGCGGCUUUAUCGAGUUCUGCGUGGAGCUGAUGUCUACGUCAGAGGGGGGCGCCGCCGUCAACGAGCCGGGCGUUCCUCAGGAGCCCACCGGACAGGAAGCCGGCACCAGGAACGGCCGCGGAGGGCGCCGCGGGAUGCUGCAAAGGCAAAGCAGCGUCGUGUGCAGCAGGGUCCACUCCCUCAACACCAUCAGCUACGUGGAUAACGGCAAAGAAAUCAAACGCUUAAAGCCAAAAAGAGCCGCGUCCUUCUUCGCUCGACAAGCCACGGCGCCCACCUACUCCGCGGUGAACACUGAGAGCCUGGAGCAGGGUUAAACCUCUCUGCCUCCGUCUCCUCGACGACCAAACCUGAACGUUUUUACACCGAGAUGUAAAAGUGAAAAAUAAGACUUUUUUUUUUCCCCCUUUUUUUAUUCAGCUAGUCUCUGAGCAAACCAAGGACCAAGUAAGAGGUAUCUAUGUGUGGGUGUAUUUAUCGUUUUAAAGUGGUCUACAGUAUGAGAGUACAUUAAUGUGAAAACUAAGAUCUUUCUAAAAUCCGAACCUUCAAAGAUUGAAUUGAACUCGCCGGGCGGCAGACGGCCUUACACUCCCAUCAAACGCUCUUCGGCAGAGAUGAACCUCUGAGAAAUCCGCUAAGCGUAAACUAUUUCUGAGCUCUUCUGCAGAGUACCGUUCUUCAAACAUGCCACACCUCAAAGGAGCAUAAACCACCACAGUACCUCUUUUUUAUUUUCAGCUUCCUAUUAAGAUUAGUGCAGCUUCCCCUCCGUCAGCAUGACCAACACUUUUAGGAGGGAGUAGCUUAAGGGUGCGAAGGCAUUAUUCUGCUUUUUUUUUUCUUUCAAACUACCGGUGCCUUGUUCUCAUGAUCGACGGUGAAGCCAAGUAGGAGAAGCGCUGGUAGAAACAUAAAGGGUUCACUGUUAUGGCAGCACAUUUGCUGUGCUGUGGAAGUUUCUUGUGAGUACAUUUUCUAUUUCAUUUCAUUUGAGGAUUUUUAUGUUCAUCCUUUUUUUUGUGAAAGCAACACAUGGAAAAACUGAGAGUUAAAGAUUAAAGUGAGGAUCAGAGAAUUGAAUUAUAAAUUCAUAAUAAACCUAAAGAUACCAGUGUUAUUCUGUUAUGGUGCCUUACAAAAGCAUUUAUACCAAAUUGAGAUUUUUGCAUCAAAAUGCAAACACAAACUUCAUUGUAUUUUUAACAUGUUGUGAACAGACCAGCACAAAGUAGCGCGUAAUUGUCAAACAAAACCACCUUUUGAUUCAGUUGCGAGUCUUUUGCUGUGUUUUUGUGCCAGAUUUGCAUAUCUACUGUAGAAGAAGAAAUUUUUGCUGAGACUUCCUUGCAAAAUGUCUUAAGCUCAGCCAGCCUGGACAAAAACUACAGGUUCCUAAUUCAGCAUGAUGCUGCCAUCUCUGUGUAACACCUAAGGAACAUUGUGUGCGGUAUUAGAUUCACUUCACAAUUAUGCACUACUUUUCUGUCACAUAAAAGCUCAUUAAAAUACACUGCUGUUUGUUAAAUGUAAAAAAAGGGUCAAUGCUUUUGCAAGGAACUUUCCAGUUGGAGGUAAGAUUUCAAGUUAAUCUUUUAAAUUUCCACACUAGGUUAGGUUCAUUAUUCCAUGUUAUUUUUUCAAUCAGUCCUUACAAGCAAAAAAAAAAAAAAAAAGACUACAUUAUCACUGUGCCUCUCCUGAAAUGCAAACUAUUUCUAAAUUUACCCUGUUUAAACUAACUAAAGGUAAAGUUUGGUUAUUGUUGAAGAAGAGAGAAAGCAAUAUCAGUGUGUAGUAGAACAUUUUCAGCUUUUAAAAAAAGAUGGAUUUCCACUUGUCUUCUCAAGGUGUCAUCGUGGUGCUGGUGAAAUGAGGUGGUAAAAUUCAAAAACAGCAUCUUAUGGCAAAUCUGACAGUACUGUGUGAAUUUUAUUCUCCACGUCAAACCAAACCUACCUGACUUACUUCAUCCCAGUAGAUGACAGAUUUCACUCCUCGAUGUAUCUUUGAAUUUCAGACCGAUGCAGCUGCCUCGGGUCUGUACUGUGCGUUUCAAAUUUUACAGUGAAAGAAGUCUGAUAUAUCUAACACUGCCUUCCUUCCACCUGAACGUAUGCUUUCAUUUGAUAAGUGACGGCCUCACGUGUUCUUCCUCCUCUCAUCAUGCAAACUCUAGAUGUUCAAACUCUAGAAUGUUCUUUUUGGGGGGUUUUUAGCUUCGGAUUGUAUCUCAGCGACCGUCUGUAACCCCUAGCAGUCCCGUCACAUCGUUGCUAGCACACACUAUGCAUGACUCAUUGUAGAAGUGUCAUUCCGACAGCCUCCGCCUAAAGUGACGUUGCACUAAUGCUAACAUAAUCUUUAUACAAAUGUUUCCAUCAACUGACUUUUGAACUUUUCUGAUUGAAUAUAUCUACUUCCAUCUUCAUAUGUUUGUGUUUGUAUACAGUAAUGAAGAAUUAGGUCUAAUCAAAUGCUGUCUCUUUAAGCAGUCGCUCUGAAGAAGCAGAAGUGCCUUUUUUUUUUAACCAUGUUGAUAUCAGAACUCCUGUUUUCAUGCUUUGAAAUCGGGAAUUAAAAUGGUUUGUAUGUAUUUUACCUUUCCUACUGAUGUUGUGUUGUAGGCAGUCAGUUCUGUCUUUUUUUAAAUAUAAAAUAAAGCAAGAUGUAUUAAAAAAAACAAAAGUGUGCUUACUACACACUUAAAAACUGUACUGUAUACUGAAGCCAUAUUCAUUUUAACCAGCAUGAUGCACUGUUACAGCUUUAUUCUUAAAACCAUCUGUGGUUUUGUUUUACAGCUGAACUAAAACAGGCUCACCAUUUCUAUCACUACACAUUUGCUGAUUGUUGAAAUAAAAUGUUCAGUUGUAAAAUACUUGUUUAGUAUGUAUGAAAUAAUAUAAAAUAUUGUGGUUCCUUUUCACGUACUCUUGUAGAUAUUCUGUGAAAUGCACCUUUGUUUAUUCUGAUUCCAAUACCUACUAUAAAGACAUAAAAUGAUACAACAGGAGAGAGGAGCUUUUCUUCUGUUUGUUGUGUGUGACAAAGAAGACGUUAUCCAUCCAUACGCUUAGUCGAAAAUGUUUCUAGUUUUAAAAAUAAAUAUGUCAGACUUCCAAGUGAGAAAGUUUCAGAUUUUUCACCAGCUCCAGUGUCAAAAUCCAACAUGGCUCCUAGCCAAUGAUAGGACAGUAAUAAACAGCGCAUUCACUCUU